AUUCCAGGAUUUUGUGAUGGAGGACUUGGAACAUCUGUGCCAGGAAUACAUGGUCAUGUCAAUUGUGAUGUGUUGGUGGGAUACAAGGCAGUGUACCGUGUGUGCUUUGGCAUGGCCAUGUUCUUUCUUCUCUUUGCCUUACUAAUGAUUAAAGUAAAAAGUAGUCAAGACCCAAGGGCUGCAAUACACAAUGGGUUUUGGUUCUUCAAGUUUGCUGCUGCAGUUGCCAUUACAGUUGGAGCAUUUUUUAUUCCAGAGGGACCAUUUAGUACAGUGUGGUUUUAUGUUGGAAUGGCUGGUGCAUUUUGCUUCAUCCUAAUUCAGCUAGUCCUUCUGAUAGACUUUGCUCACUCUUGGAAUGAGUCCUGGGUAGAAAAGAUGGAAGAAGGAAACUCUAGAUGCUGGUAUGCAGCUCUUCUCACUGCCACAGGACUGAACUAUGUCUUAUCUCUGGUUGCCAUAGUUAUGUUUUACAUCUACUACACACACUCUGAAGGCUGCUCUGAAAACAAGGCCUUCAUUAGCAUCAACAUGUUGCUGUGCAUUGGAGCCUCUAUCCUUUCCAUUUUGCCUAAGAUCCAGGAAUCACAACCAAGAUCUGGUCUGCUACAGUCUUCAAUCAUCACUCUUUAUACCAUGUAUCUGACAUGGUCUGCUAUGACCAAUGAACCAGACAGGAAAUGCAACCCAAGUUUAUUAAGCAUGAUUGGCUACAAUAGUACAAGCACUCCUGCACCAGGCCAGGUUGUCCAGUGGUGGGAUGCACAAGGAAUUAUCGGGCUUGUUCUGUUUUUGUUGUGUGUCCUGUAUUCCAGUAUUCGUACAUCUACUAAUAGUCAGGUUAAUAAGCUGACACUAACUAGUGAUGAGUCAACACUGAUUGAUGAUGGAGUGGGCAGAACCGAUGGCUCAUUUGAUGAAGAGGACGUCAGCCGAGCAGUAGACAAUGAAAAGGAUGGUGUAACUUACAGUUAUUCCUUUUUCCACUUUAUGCUAUUUCUUGCUUCUCUUUAUAUCAUGAUGACGUUAACCAACUGGUACAGUCCUGAUUCAUCUUAUGAAACAAUGACCAGCAAAUGGCCUUCUGUUUGGGUCAAGAUAUCUUCCAGCUGGAUCUGUGUGGCUCUGUAUGUGUGGACUCUUGUAGCCCCUCUUGUGCUGACCAACCGUGAAUUUGACUGAUGAACUACUGAGCCACUGCAGCCCCCCAUUACAACUAAGUUUUUAUGGAUCCCAUGCUUGCAGUAGUCUUCAUUGCUGCAAGCUGCUUAUAAUUUAUCAGUGACUACAGAGCAUAGUGAUACUUUUUUCCAGCUUGCCUGUGUGCUAAUGCAGUCUUUUGCCUUUUGUAGCAGAUGUUAAGUCUGUUGUUCAUUAGCACUUUUUGUUUUCAUUAACUCUUGUUACUCAGAGUAGUUGAACUGCAUUGUUGUAAACAUUUAAGCUGUGAAAGUAGUUUGUUCCUGUCCAUUAUCUAGUGACUGAAAAGUCCAAGAGUACCAGGCAGAAACUGUACAGUAAGCCUUGAAAUACUUGUUGGAUUUCUGUAGUGGUUUUUGAAUCAAGCCUUAAUUGAAUGCAUUGUUCAGGAAUAUUUAUCUGCAUCCUAAAAGCAAGUCCCAAAAGUAUUAAUAUUUUGUUUUAGCUAAUGCAACUUCUUGACACUGCAACCACAUUUGGUCAUAAAAAUAUUAAUUUCUAAUAAGCUAAGAGUAUGAAAGUCCAUAACUACAAGGGAACUAACCAUAUUUACUUUGUAACGGAGAUGAACCCAGAUAAUGCACCAGUGCUUUUACAGUAUUACACUGUUAAUUAAGGCGGCUAUAUUUUUAACUGAAAUUUAUCCUGAGGGUUAUGUAUAUACUGGUGUGCUUUAUGACUUCAAAUCAUGAUAAAAUUAUAGCAACACUAAGACAAUGUAGAAUUGUUGUGUAAAUUUAAGUCACAACGUUAUGUUACAUAUAGCAGAGCUGUCAGUGUCUGUGUUCUAUUCUGCACUAGUUUACAUAAAUUCAGUCAGUAAUAUCUGGAGUGCUUUCACGUUUUCAAAAGUGUAAAACCCUCAUUUGGUAAGAAUGCUGAGUGCCCAGAAGAUGGGUUCAAAAUGAUUCAUUGUACACUUGAAAGAUUUUUUGAGGAGCUGAAAAAUUAGUAUGUACAGCACUGUGUAAAGGGUGAACAUGGUGAUGUCAUAGAACAUUUUUAUUUCAUCUGGAGAGUUUAAGAAGGUAAUUGGGAGAAGUAAAGUUUUGAAGUGUAACGUAAUAAAUAUAGGGAAGCUAGAAUAAGGAUAUUUUUGCAAGAAGAGUAAUGGAUUCCCGAAGAGCCUUUCUUUGUGGACUAGUGAAGUGAAAUCAAGUUUGGGACUCAGAAUGCAAGAGCAAAGUCUGAAAGUUUUAUUGUUGUGCAAUGAAGUAAAUGUGUGCAUUGAAAAAUUAAGGAUGAGAUGUGGAUUGUUGGCAGAAUGUAGUAGUUAUGUUAGCUGAAAGGCCUAAAUGAGUAGAGUGUUAGUACUUCGCCAUUUUUCAUUCAUUUGAAUAUUGUUUCAGGAAUUACAGUGCUGUUUGAUGCAGUAAAUAAGUUCAGACAGUUUGCAUGAUUUGUUGUGUAAUUUAUGCUGUAGUAACUUGGGUACGUUCUUGCCUUUUUGGUAUAACAUUACUGAUUUUCAUAUGUAGGUUGUGCUUAAUUUUAUAAAUUUCUGCAUUUUAAGUUGUAAAACCAUCUUGCAGACUUUAAACAGAUGCUUCUGUGAGUAUAUCUUAUAAUGAGAUGUAGGUUUGCAAAGCUGAUAAUUAUGACAUGUAAAGAAAAAAAAAAACAUUAAAGGUGAUCAUAUGUGAAA